CGGCAGGAAGUGUUUCUUAGCAGAAAACAUGUACUCCACUUUAUUUUUCCUUCUUACCUUCUUCUCUUACCGGACCGGAGGGAACCGGCCUUUCAAUGGAAGGGGACCGGUUGGACUGGACCUGGACCUGGACCUGGAUCUGGAUCUGGAUCUGGAUCUGUCCACGGUGGUUCGCCGGGUGGAUCCCCGCUUUUUGUCCGUCACCAUCGACGCCAGCCUGGCUUCACAGGAGAGAUUCAUGCUGCUGCUGAGGUCUCAGAGGAUCCGGACUCUGACCAAAGCUCUGAGUCCAGCCUUUCUGAGAUUCGGAGGAACCAGACAGGACUUCAUGGUUUUCAGUCCUCAGAGCAGCCAGCAGCCGGAUGCAGAUGGGUCUUGCAGCAGAGUUGAACUGUCCUGGUGGCUGGAGCAGAAGCUAAAAGAGGACUGGAUUCAGCAUCAGCUCAUCCUCCUGAAAGAGGACCAACAGAAACAGUACCAUAGAAUCCAGUUCACAGAGCUCACUGUGGAUGAGCUGAACUCCUUCAGUAGCUGCAGUGGCCUGGAUCUGAUCUUUGGCCUGAACGCUCUGCUCAGGAAUACAGACAACAGCUGGAACAGCAGCAAUGCGCGCUCUCUGCUCCAGUACUGUGAGUCUAAACAGUACAAAAUGUCGUGGGAGCUGGGGAACGAGCCCAACAGUUACGAGAAGAAGGCUGGGAUCCGUGUGGACGGAUACCAGCUCGGACUGGAUUUCAGCCACCUCAGGAAGAUCCUGUCAGAGUCCAAACUGUACCGGGACGCCGGGCUGUACGGGCCAGAUGUGGGCCAGCCACACAGCCACAGAGUGGACCUUCUAAAGAGUCUGCUUCAUGCAUGGACUCAUUCCAUCUCUAUGUCUGUUAGUUACUACGUGAAUGGCAGGGACACUUCAUUAGAUGACUUUCUGGAUCCUGAAGUUCUGGACACUCUGGCUGUGAAAACCAAUGAAGUCCUAGAGAAAGUGGAGCAGGAGUCUCCUGGGAAGGCGGUGUGGCUUGGAGAGACCAGCUCAGCCUAUGGAGGAGGAGCGCUGGGACUGUCAGACACCUUCGUCUCAGGAUUUAUGUGGCUGGAUAAACUGGGCCUGGGAGCCAGACUGGGCCUGGAGGUGGUGAUGAGGCAGGUGUUGCUGGGCUCUGGGAGCUACCACCUGAUCGAUGACAACCUGGAUCCUCUUCCUGAUUACUGGCUGUCGCUUCUCUACAAGAAGCUCGUUGGACCAGAAGUUUUGAACGUUUCUGAUUCUGGCAGAAAUAAAAGAGUCAGGCUUUAUCUGCACUGUGCCAACAGGAAGAGUUACGCCAGAGGCGCCGUGGUUCUGCUGUGGAUGAACCUUGGUAGGAAGCUAGCGCGGAUCUCCCUUCCUGACCUGAUCGCCAACAGCACAGUGGACACUUUUGUUCUCCAGUCAGACCAGCUGGGGGAGGAAGGACUGGAGUCCAGGUCUGUGCAGCUGAAUGGAGUCCUGUUGAAGAUGGUGGACGAUAAAACUCUCCCCGAUCUUAGCGGUGCUCGGCUACCUGCAGCUGGACAUGUGAAGCUUCCUGCGUACUCCCUGGGGUUCUUCGUUUUCCUGGAGGCGCGGGCCUCGGCCUGCAGCUGAGCCACUGCUGACCAGUGAGACACAGAAGAGGACGGGUGAAGAAGGGGACUCCAUCUUCUACUCUGGACGUUCUCUCAUACAGGAGCUCCUGUUGUUAGAGCCUUCUAUGCUGCUUUAAUCCACUUCUCGGACCUGCCCCUUAUCACAGAUUAUAACUAAUGCUUAACCUGAUUGGUCAGAUUCUAUGGACCAGAUUACCUCCCAAAUGCACUACUGUGGUUGAAGACUUUAAAGCAUCUCCAUUCCUGUUUUGAUCUGAAUAAAGGACAUUUAGCUCACUGUCAUUGGCUUGUUUGGGAAGUAUGCUCUGCCAUCCAUCAUCCAUCCAUCGCCUUAGAAGUUACACAAAUCAACACUUUAUAAAACAAACAUAUUUCUCUCAGAUUAAUUUUUUUUGAGGCAGUUGAGCAGAUAUAACAGGAAAUUUUAACCCUGCAGAAACAUGGAUUUCAACAUAAUUUAAAACUCUAAGGUAUCUGCCAGAAAUGGAAAGCAUAUCACAAAUGUACAAUUUCUUAUGUGUUCAUAAUGACAGUUGUUCAAACACAGCUUAUUAGUGCAAAGUGUCUGAGGAACAGUUAGGACAUGAUUGGAGCAGUUCUGUGGGAUCUGAUCUGAGCUCCAGUUCUGUUUGUUCAGCUAAUUAACCCUUCUUGUGUAUUUAAUUUUUAAAUUCCACA